UAUACAACUAGCCUGAGAAACGUGACAACAUAGCUCAUUGAGGUUCCCGAUCGGAGAUCGGAUCGGGAAUAUAUUCAACCAUAUUCAACAUUCAUUGAUUCCGCAUUGAUUUAUCUCGCUGUUUUGGCAAACGUUGCUACGCGAUUUGUCUUGUCUACGGUUGUUGAAUUUAAUAUGCAAUGAAAUGCAAUUGGAAGGAAAAUGGUUGAGUGAAAGUAUGCAACCGUGAUCUGUUGUUUAUUGUUUGUUUGUGAAAUGUGAGACGUAGUUUUCUAUUAAAAAUCAAUCGCAACGUUGAGAAACAAUCAUCUUGCUGCCGUCAUUAUGUCAGCGACGAAGGGUAACGUUAAUAAAGAUGACAAUCUAAGACGACAGGGUUCAUUUAGAAAAUUACUACCAUUGAAUACGAACGGAGAUUCGCAAUUAAGUAUGUCUGUGAAAAUGAUAGACAGGCCAGCUGUAUCGCAAACGAACAAGGAAUACACAAUUUAUUUGCAGGAGUACAAUAUCUUAUCUGAAUAUAAUAUGUUAUGUUCGCAAGAUUUGAAGGGGAUUUACGUCGUACCGUCUGCACAAAAUUCCUUGCUAUGGUUCGGAGUACAGUUCGUGAGGCAAGGAACGUAUCAAGGAGGGAUCUUUAGAUUUACUAUUACACUGCCGCAAAAUUUUCCAGACGGAGAAUGCCCUAAAGUAAUAUUUCAAACUCCAGUUUUUCAUCCAUUGAUCAAUCCCGAAUCUGGUGAGUUGUGCACUUCGUGGGGAUUUCCUGAAUGGAGGAAAAGCAACAGAAUUUGGCAAUUGGCACAAUUCAUAACGAGAAUACUCACGAAGGUGGAUACUAAGAUGACUCCGGUAAAUCCCGAAGCAUCCAGUUUAUUAGAGAACAACUUUGAAGCGUUUCGAGAUCGUGUGAAGAAGUGUGUAAGAGAAAGUUUAAAUAAGGUGUACAAUCCACCGACAGUAGACGAUCCGCACUACAUAACUUUCAGUCCAUACAUUGAUGAGCUUCAUGAAUCUAUUAAAAGAGAAAUUUACGAUCCGAAGGAGGAAGAAGAAGAGAACAAGGCACUCGGUUUAUCUUGGGUGCAACCAGGAUCGUUGCAACCGUUUUCCAAGCCUGAAGCAAGAUAAUAAGUAGCUGAAUACAUAAGAAACACAUUAUUACGGCCACAUACGUCCUUAGAACAUAAGAACUCGAAAUUCUUCUAAUGCAGCGGACAAAUUACGAUGUAUUUUUAUAUUAGCAAAAGAUAAAUUAUUUUGUAAU